AUGGUUCUGCAUUCGUCUGUCAUCAAAGCUUUGUCUGUUGACGGUGUUGCUCUGGAGUUACAAAAAAUAUUGCACGGCUACGACCUUUGCUGUCUUUCUCUGUUGCUGAAAGGUUCUUCUGCUAGCAGCCCGUCAAUUUCUUUUUUGAAGAGCACCGUUUCAGAUUCAGUAGCCACCACAGCUCUUGCAACAUCCAUCAGUCCAAGUGAAGGACCUCAGACUGUCUCUUCUUCAGCCAGCAGUGUGAUCCAGACAACACAAACAGCUCCACCAUUCACCACCACUUGCCCUCAGACAUCUCAGAUCGCCCUGACCAGCAGUUCAAAGGUCACUGGACCUGCUCCUUUGGAAGACCAGGAUGAAUCUUCUGAACUGGAUGUGGGGGAUCAAGAGUCAGGGAAGGUUCCCCACCACCCUACAUCGCCCCUGGACCCCCUGCUCGCUGCUCUGGUCACCGUUUUCAUUAUUUGCACUGCCAUGGUCUCAGCCGUCCUCUUCCUCAGGUUCCGUCAGCGGAGUGAGCAUCCAGAAUUCCACCGGCUUCAAGACCUUCCUAUGGAUGAUCUUCUAGAAGACACGCCUUUGUCAAGAUACACCUAUUAGCAAUCAGGGCUGCACGAUUAAUCAAAAAAUAAAUAAAUAAAUAAAUAAAAAAUCACGAUCUCGAUUCAUACAUAAAUGUGAUCUCAUUUCUAAAUGACAGCGAUUCACUUGCAUGUUUGUCCCUCCAUUCAGAUCACACUGCAUUCACUUAUUUACUUUACAACAAUCCAAGAUGCUAUCAGUCAGACUUAUUGGUCACAAUCACACAGUGUAAAACAAAACACUUAUAGAUGAAAAAUAUCAGUUUCUACCAAAAAUAUCAGUUGUCAGAAGAUGAAAGCGAUAUAUUUGUCGUAGUACACUUUCAAUGUUUAAGGGUAUUUCCCACAUCUCUAUGAAGUGAAAUAUCAGCUUCAGCGUUACUAAGGUAAUGUGUUGCUGGUCGAUUGACGCUUGUGAGGUGGUGUUUAAUGAUGAUUAUAAAAUGGAUAGUUCCGGUCCUUGAUUCUGAUUGGUU